AAAAAAAAAAGAAAAAAAGAAAAAACACCUCUUAAGCUUAUUCAAGGAUGCUUUCUUGUUGAAGAAAAAGAAAGGGAGUCAUAAUCUAUCGUCGUCAAAAUUUGGUCUUAUAUUGGCUUUUUAGAAAAACUCACAAGAAGAUGAAAUUCCUAAUCUCGGCCUCUCUGUUCCUGGUUCGCAGUGCAUUUGCCUGCUCUAGUUGCUAUGGCCCAACAAACCAAAUUGAACAUGUUCGACACGUGAAGCGCAUGCAACCAGGUGCGGCUAAUGCUACCUACGGACCUACUAGAAGCUUGGAAUGGGGCCAAUUGAACUUCUUGCACACCACCGAUACUCACGGAUGGUUGGAAGGCCAUCUAAAGGAAGGCAGCUAUGGGGCUGACUGGGGCGACUUCGUCAGUUUCUCGGCUCAUUUCAAGCGUCAGGCUAGUAAAAUGGAUGUGGAUCUUCUCCUGGUAGAUACUGGCGACCUGCACGACGGGGCCGGCCUGAGCGAUGCUACCACCCCGGAUGGCGAGGUCUCAAUCAAAGUCUUCGACAGGGUGGAGUAUGAUAUACUAGCUAUUGGGAAUCACGAAUUGUACCUUGCCGAUGUUGCUUAUCAAGCUUUGAACGAAAUCUCAACCUACUGGGGUGACAAAUAUCUAACUUCAAAUGUUCAGAUACUUGACCGAGACACGGGAGAAUGGCAAUAUAUUGGCAAGACACACCGAUACUUUAUAACCCCCCAUGGCCUUCGGAUCAUGGCUUUUGGCGUGUUGUUUGACUUUACUGGCAACACAAACGUUACCAAAGUCAUACCAACGAAGACUAUGGUUACCCAACAAUGGUUCCUAGAUGUUCUUCAUUCCACAGAGCCCGUAGAUAUUUUCAUCGUCAUUGGUCAUAACCCGGCACGCCCAAGUGACACUCAGAGCACUUUUUCACUUGUGUUUGACGCGAUUCGUGCCGUUCAUCCAGAUUCUCCUAUUCAAUUUCUGGGUGGCCACUCACAUAUUCGAGACUUUGCAGUAUUCGAUUCUAGCAGUACGUCGCUAGAGUCAGGUCGUUACUGUGAAACUUUGGGUUGGCUAUCUAUGUCUGGGUUCGAUAGCCAAAGCAGCGGGUUUACUGGUGCUAUUCCUGGCCCGGCUGGCGUUCCUAACCCGACUCGUAAAGCGACGCCAAACUCAACUUUCCCGUGGGUGUAUUCUCGGCGCUAUCUCGACUGGAAUCGGCGGACUUUUGAGUUCCAUGCCGCCACCAGAAGCGAUCGCAGCUUUGACUACCAUGAUGGUCUAAACACAACGGCCCUGAUCACGCAGUAUAGGGAGCAGCUUAAUCUCGGCGAAGUAUACGGAUGUGUCCCGCAGGAUUAUUGUCUAAGCUGCGCGCCAUUCAACAGCAGCGGGAGCAUCUUCCCUCUACUAUCAGACGCGUUAUCUGUGGCUGUCGUGAACGAUUCCCGUAGGGAUAUCCCGCGCUACAUUAUCGCCAAUACAGGAAGCGUCCGAUUUGACAUGUAUAAGGGACCUUUUACGUACGACGAUCAGUUUAUCGUCUCGCCAUUUCGGGAUAUUUUUCUGUAUAUCUCGGGUGUACCUUUUGACACGGCCAGCAGUUUGCUAACACUGCUCAACGACGCGGGUGCCAGCCAGAAGCGCAGUGUGGGGACUAUACCUGUCGAGCGUGAUAUUUGUGUUGAUCCACCGCUUGUACACUUCUCUGAAGUCAGACGUGGAGAGAACGAGGAUACCUCUGGCAUUAUCAGACGGCAGGUGGCCGACCUAGUCCCCGGCUAUACUACCAAGGACGACUUUGGUACCGACGGCGACGACACUGCACAUUCUGGGCUCUCGCAUUAUGAUAUUCCUGAUUUCUUUCAGGGUCAAGCUGGGUUCGAACAGGGCAAUCAGCCAGACGUGGUCGACGUUGUAUUUGUUGACUUCAUUGAAAAUGACCUCCUGGCUAUUCUUGGGCCCAACUACAGCUCUAGCGAUGUGUCUUAUUACAUUGAUGCCAACUUCACAACUCGAGAUUAUUUGCCGAUAUAUAUCAGAGAUUCCGAGAUAUUUCAGACUGGGUUAUCGAACUGCACAUCCGGGUAGUUGCACAGGCCGUAGCGGGUAUUUGUAGAGAUUUGGAUUAUGUGUAUGUAACAUUGAAUGUAUGUAAUAUUCAAUCGUUGAUGUUGUGACUUGAAGAAGAUUAUUUUACAUAGUACCUAGUCUAUGUACCUACUAGUAGCCUGGUAGUACUGUAGACUGUAGUACUAGUAGUAGCCUAGGUUACUAGGUAGUAGUACAUGUAGGUAGCCUCUAGGUAGUAGGCAGUACAUUACUAGGUUAGGUAUGUAAACUUGAAACUACUAGGUGCCUACAUAUGUACACAAGGUUCGCAGCUAUUAGGUAGUAUAGGUACUGUAGUAGUACUUAUUAGGUAUGUCAUUGAAUGGAUCAAUCACCACCAC